AUGCCUACCAUCUUCCCAACAUGGCCCCACAUCAUCUUCGGCAUUGUUGAGCCCAUCUCCUUAGUCGCGGGCAGUCUCAGCCCCAUUUUCGAUCUCAACGGCUUCAUCUACGGCCAAACACCCCAUGUCCCGGCCCCAACUUUCCAACAUCCCAGCAGUGUAGCACUUGCCUACCAACUAGGCAACCUCUACAACCUCCUUUUCCUCGUCGGAGUUGGCGUGCUGCACGCAACUACGGAGCCCAAGGUUCUUCGAAACUACCUGAUUGCUCUGGCGAUCGCCGAUAUCGGCCAUGUGUACGCCACAUACAUCGCGAUGGGCUGGGAUGCGUUUGUGGAUGUCGGUGGUUGGAAUGCGCUAACAUGGGGAAAUAUCGGAGCUACCGCGUUCCUGUUCGUGAACCGAGUGCUUUACUUCAUGGGUGUCUUUGGACAAGCCAAGGCGCCGAAGAUUGCGGGGAAGAAAGAGUGA